GGAGGCCGGGGCGCGUGCGCAGGCGCGGUAAGCGGCUACCAGCGAGCUAGGGAGCAAGCUGACAGUGGAGGGUAGCCGGCUCUGGGCACCAUGGGGCCCGGAGAGGAGCGGCCGGUGGCGGCGGGCGCGUGCGAAGGCGUCUCCAAGCUGGAGCUGCUGAAGCUGCGCGCCGCGGAGCGCAUCGACGAGGCGGCCGAGCGGCUGGGGGCCCUGAGCCGCGCGAUCUGGAGCGAGCCCGAGCUGGCCUACGAGGAGCACCAUGCCCACCGCGUGCUGACGCGCUUCUUCGAGCAGGAGCCGCCGGCCGCGGCCUGGGCUGUGCAGCCGCACUACCAGCUGCCCACCGCCUUCCGCGCAGAGUGGGAGCCGCCGGGGGGCCGGGCGAGCGCCGCGCUGCGCCCGCUGCAUGUGGCCUUCCUCUGCGAGUACGACGCGCUGCCGGGCAUCGGCCACGCCUGCGGCCACAAUCUCAUCGCCGAGGUCGGGGCGGCGGCGGCGCUGGGCGUGAAGGGGGCCCUGGAGGGCCUCCCUGGACCGCCGCCUCCCGUGAAGGUAAUUGUCCUGGGAACCCCUGCAGAAGAAGAUGGUGGUGGCAAAAUUGAUCUAAUUGAAGCAGGGGCUUUUAAAAAUCUUGAUGUUGUUUUUAUGGCCCAUCCAUCCCAAGAGAAUGCUGCUUAUCUCCCAGAUGUAGCUGAACAUGAUGUGACUGUGAAAUACUACGGAAAAGCUUCUCAUGCUGCUGCUUAUCCCUGGGAAGGAGUAAAUGCACUAGAUGCUGCUGUCCUUGCCUACAACAAUCUGUCUAUGUUAAGACAGCAAAUGAAACCAACCUGGAGAGUUCAUGGUAUAAUAAAAAAUGGUGGUGUAAAACCCAAUAUCAUUCCCUCUUAUUCUGAAUUACUCUAUUACAUCCGUGCACCCUCAAUGAAAGAACUUCAAGUUUUGACCAAAAAGGCAGAAGAUUGCUUCAGAGCUGCAGCUUUGGCUACAGGGUGCACAGUGGAAAUUAAAAGUGGAGCACAUGAUUAUUACAAUGUUCUUCCCAAUAAGAGUCUAUGGAAAGCUUACAUGGAAAAUGGAAAAAAGCUGGGAAUAGAAUUCAUUUCAGAAGAUACAAUGUUGAGUGUCCCUUCAGGAUCUACUGAUUUUGGAAAUGUUACUUUUGUGGUUCCUGGAAUUCAUCCGUAUUUUUACAUUGGAUCUAAAGCCUUGAAUCACACUGAGCAGUACACCGAAGCUGCAGGGUCACAAGAAGCUCAGUUCUACACUUUGCGUACGGCCAAAGCUCUGGCAAUGACUGCACUGGAUGUUAUUUUUAAACCAGAGUUGCUGGAAAGGAUCAGGGAGGACUUUAAAUUGAAACUUCAAGAAGAACAGUUUUCAAAUACAAUAGAAUAAGAGGAAGAUUUAGGAACCGUUAUGAAUUAUUAAGAAGAUGUGAUGAUUUUUUUUCUUUAAUUUUUUUAACAAAGGGGAGGACGCGCUUGUAUUUCAAUCUUAAAAGAAUCAAAUUUCUCAUCCCUGAUAAGUGAGGAUGGGAUGUGGAGAAAACAUAUUACCUCAUAUCUAAAGUGAAAAUUUUUGCAAAUCUAUACUUGAUGUAAUUGUGAUAUUUUAGGAGCUGGUAUGUUAUGCCACUUCCUAAGCUGGAUGAUACAUGGUUUAUCAGUGAUAAUAUUUUGUAAACUUACAUGUUGUAUGUAUUUUUAAAAGUCCAAGAGAUUUCAAACCUUAUAUUCAGAAUUGACAUCCAUGACAGAGUUUUGUGGUAUAGGGUGGUAAACUCAUUCUUAACUGUAUACGAGGUCUGUCUGGAAGGUAUCCAGCCAUGUAAUAUGAAAAAGAGAGACAUUUAUUGAAGAACAUACAAGAUGCAAGAAACAUGGUACAUAGGACAGUGACGCCUCAGUCCCCUUAGGGACAGUGAUGCCUCAUUCCACUUUGAAGUAGCCAACUUGGGACCUCACACAGUUCUUCCACUGUUCAAAACGCUCUGCAAAAUCCUCUGUUGGAAUCGCCAUCAGCUGCCUCGCAUUUUCCUGAAUCUCACUGAUGGUCUGAAAUCACUUCCCUUUCAAAGGUGAUUUUAGUUUGGGGAAAAGCCAGAAGUCGUAGGGCACCAAAUCUGGGGUGUCGGGGGUGGCUGAGUCACCUGGGUGAUUUGAUGUUUUGCCAAAAAACUCUGCGUGAGAUGUGAUGCAUGGGCAAGUGCAUUGUUGUGAUGAAGCUGCCAAUCACCAGUUGCCCAUAGCUGUGGCCGCUUUCGUUGCAUUGCAUCUCUCAACCAACGAAGAACAUGGAGGUCGUAUUCCUUAUUAAUUGUUUGGCCUGGAGGAGUGUACUAGUGCUGGACAACUGCUUCCCUAUCAAAAAACAUAGUUAACAUGAUCUUGAUCUUGCUGUGACUUUGCUGCAAUUUCUUCGGGUGUGGAGAACCAGGUGACUUCCAUUGGGACUACUGGACCUUCAUUUCCAUGUCUUAGCUAUAGACUCACGAUUCAUCUCUGGUUAUGACCUUCUUGAGGAAAUCGGUUUCAUUGGUAGCAGUUUGAAGCAAGUCAUUAGCAAAUGCAGCACGAUGUUCUUUCUGCUCUGGUAGCAGAAGCGGCAAGAAAGCAUUUUGCCACGAUACGUUUCGUGCCAUGAGCCUGCGUCAAAAUCUCGGACACAGUAGUUUUUGAAAUCCCCAGAUCAGCUUCUAGUUCUCACACUCCAUCGAUGAUCUUUGUUAAUUGCAACUCGUACACGUUCAGCAUUCUCAGGUGUUCUGCUUGUUGCAGGCCUUCCAGAACUUGGAUCACAUUCAACAGAUUGUGUACCGUCUUUGAAGCAUUUGUGCCACACUUUUAUUUGUGCUGCACUCGUUGCAUCGUUCCUGAAAGCCUUCCAAAUCAUCCACAGAGUUUCUGCGGAGGAAUGUUCAAGCUUAAUUCAAAAUUUGAUACAGAUUCGUUGCUGUACUUGCUCAGUCAUUUUGAAUGCAACAGCCACAUAGUACACAUGCUAACUCGACUGUGUCUAGCGCCCCACUGUCUAGUACAGUGACGUCAUCAUUGUUCACAUAUGCGCAUUCCAGUCCACUCUCCUUGGUUGCCAGGUUACAUCAAUGUCACGCAAACUGUUCUCAUAGUAACGAAGACCAGAUACUUUCUGGACAGACCUUGUAUGUAUGGUUUAUUAUUUCUCUACUGGAUUGUAUAUUUGAAGCCAGAAUCUUUUUAAUAUGCCUGUGUAUGGGUAUUUUUUAAAUUCUUAUAGUAUUUAGUAUAGUAGCUUACCUGUGAAUAUUCAUUACUUUUGAAUACAUAAAUACUGCUUCCCUGCUUGGAAUCAUCAAAGUUUAAAAUAGCUUUGUGGACAGAUCAUGAUCCUAAGAUGAGUUUUAAUU